GCCAACGCGCGGCUCGGCUCCGCUCGCGCUGUCUCGCCGUUCCCGGUCGCUGCGCUUUUGCCUUAGGAGCCGCCAAUAAACCUCUUCUCAGCAGAAAAAAGAAAUAAAUAAAAGAAAAUCGCACGAAAACAGCCAUAACCAUCCAAGUCGAUCCACUGCCGCUCGACGGUCACUUUUAAAAUGGCGUCGGAGGAGACGACAGCACCGUGUGGCUCGAGAAAACCGGCACCGCGAUUCACAUCCGAGGAGAAGUCGCUUCUCUUGAGCUUAGUGAACAAUCAUAAAAAAGUUCUAGAAUGUAAAAAGAUGGACGUGGGAUCACUGAGCGCGAAAACUGUGGCGUGGAAAAAGCUCGCUGCGGAGUACAACGCACAGCAUGGUGUCACGCCUCGCGAUCUCAAGCAGUUGAAGAAAUGUUGGGGAAACAUGAAGCAGAAAUGGAAAGAGGAGAAUUCUGAAGAAAAAAGAAAAAUUCACAAGACGGGAGGAGGACCUGCUGCAGCAGGCAUGACACCGCUGUCGGCUUUGGUUGGGGCUGUGGCAGGCCACAUGGCCACCAGAAUACCAAAUGAAGAAGACUCGGAUGGCGCAACCUCUCCCCCAGUUGACAGUGAGCCUGUUGUUCGGCUCCUGCAGCCCAUGAUAACAGGAGAAGUGGAAUCAACAUAUGACUAUUAUGGUAUAGUACUAUUUCAUGAAACACAUUGCAAAGUUUUUGUGGCAUGAAACUUGAAGGCAAUCUGCUGUGAGGAAAGUGGGAGGAACCACUUCCUAGCUUAUCGUGUUUUCUGAGGCUUUGAUGCUGUAUACAUGUCUGUGCAAUUGGUACCUUCAGCCUGUUAGUUGUACAGUGCGGAGAAGUUACAUAUGUCUUUAGAAGGCAUUUAGGCUUUUUCAAAACCCUCAGCUGAAUAUGUCGAAAGCAAUUUGUUGUGGCAUUUACAUUCAGUGAUGCAAAGUGUGUGCUGCAUGAUGAGUAUAAUUUUGAACUAAUGAUCCUUUCAGAGGAGCACAGGAGCCCUGGCCAUCUACAAAACGACCAAUCGAUGGGUAAUGGCUUGAACGGUACAAGU